AUGAUGAAAGCCUUCACUUUUGCUGCGAUCAUCGCCACGAUUUUUGCAUUCUUCAAGCUCGUUGCUGCCGGUGGCGACUUGCCAGAAAACCCUCCAUUCACCAGCAAGGUCUACUUUGACAUUGAGGAGGAGGGUGAGCACAUUGGUAGAAUCACCAUUGGUUUGUUCGGCACUGUUGUGCCCAAGACCGCUGAAAACUUCAGACAAUUGGCCAUCUCCGAAGACCCUAAGUUCGGUUACACCGGUUCUAUCUUCCACAGAAUCAUCCCCAAGUUCAUGCUCCAGGGUGGUGACUUCGAGACCGGUAAGGGCUUUGGUGGCAAGUCCAUCUACGGUGGUAAGUUCGACGACGAGAACUUCGAGUUGAAGCACGACAGACCUUACAGAUUGUCGAUGGCCAACGCCGGCCGUAACACCAAUGGUUCGCAGUUUUUCAUCACCACUGUCUUGACCCCAUGGUUGAACAACGCCCACGUUGUCUUCGGUGAGGUUAUCGACGGUAAGGACGUUGUUGACUACAUGGAGAAGGUAAAGACCGCUUACGGUGACAGACCCAAGAAGGAGUUGAAGAUCGCCGCUGCCGGUGAGCUUGAGCUCACCAAGGAGGAGAAGGCCGCCAAGGAGUCUGCUGUCAAGAAGGACGAGCUUUGA